AUGUCUAAGUACUAUUGUAAAAGAAAGCUCUCCAAAGAGCUGAUUAAAAGCCAAGGUGAAUCCAUGCAGAAUAUACUGUUCCUCGAUAGGCAACCGUGUAUUGGUGUUGUUUCUCCCGCUGACUAUUUCGAUAAGAAGAACCCCAAAACUGUAAAUAUCCGCCCGCCGUGUCAGCUGCCCUCUAAUUGCAUAUUCGGGAAUGAGCUUGGCCAGACCAAAAUCCGAGAUUUUUGGGGUCAAAUCUUUGUCAAGAAGAAUAUUACUUGCUUUGAUGUCUCGGUGGACAAUAUGCGGCCUCACUUCCUCGUGAAGAUACGCAAGUCCCCUUGCAACUCCAAUGCAAAUUUUAACUCGAGUCCGCCAGUUAAAGUAGUUGUAGACGAGAAUCCUUUGUUUGCCUUCCACACAACACCCAUAGAGCUUCACUAA